AGCGCAGCUCGCAUGGGGGAGUCUAUCCCGCUGGCUGCCCCGGUCCCGGUGGAACAGGCGGUGCUGGAGACGUUCUUCUCUCACCUGGGUAUCUUCUCUUACGACAAGGCCAAGGACAAUGUGGAGAAGGAACGAGAGGCCAACAAGAGCGCGGGGGGCAGCUGGCUGUCGCUACUGGCGGCCUUGGCCCACCUGGCCGCGGCCGAGAAGGUCUAUCACAGCCUCACCUACCUGGGGCAGAAACUAGGGGGCCAGUCUUUCUUCAGCAGGAAGGAUUCCAUCCGCACCAUCUAUACUUCUCUGCAAAAUGAGCUAAAGAAGGUGGUGGCUGGCCGUGGUGCCCUGGGCGCGGCUGCUCCUCAUGUAGAAGAACUCCUUUCCCACCUGUCAGAGCAACUCUGCUUCUUCGUUCAGGCUCGGAUGGAGAUUGCAGACUUCUAUGAGAAGAUGUACACCCUCAGCCCACAGAAGUUCAUUAAUGCUGAAGAACUUGUUGGCCUUUUGGACACCAUCCUAAAGAAAUACAGCUCCAGAUUUCACCACCCCAUCCUCAGUCCUUUGGAGAGUAGUUUCCAGCUGGAAGUCGAUGUCCUGAGUCAUCUCCUGAAGGCCCAGGCUCAGGUCUCGGAUUGGAAGUUCCUCCCAUCUCUGGUUAACUUACACAGUGCUCACACCAAGCUGCAGACUUGGGGUCAGAUCUUUGAAAAGCAGCGGGAGACCAAAAAACAUCUGUUUGGAGGGCAGUCUCAGAAGGCCGUUCAGCCCCCACACCUUUUCCUUUGGCUGAUGAAACUCAAAAACAUGCUUCUUGCCAAAUUUAGCUUUUACUUUCACGAGGCACUGAGCCGACAAACAACUGCCUCAGAAAUGAAAACGUUAACUGCAAAAGCCAACCCAGACUUCUUUGGAAAGAUUUCCAGCUUCAUCAGGAAAUACGACGCUGCCAACGUGUCCUUAAUCUUUGACAACCAAGGUUCUGAGAGCUUUCAGGGUCAUGGCUAUCACCAUCCCCAUUCCUACAGAGAGGCCCCGAAGGGUGUGGACCAGUACCCAGCCGUGGUGUCUCUGCCCAGUGACAGGCCUGUCAUGCACUGGCCCAAUGUUAUCAUGAUCAUGACGGACCGCACAUCCGACCUGAACAGCUUGGAGAAAGUGGUCCAUUUCUAUGAUGACAAAGUUCAGAGCACCUACUUCCUAACCCGCCCAGAACCUCACUUUACCAUUGUCGUCAUUUUCGAGUCAAAGAAAUCCGAAAGAGACUCCCACUUUAUUUCCUUCCUCAAUGAACUCUCACUUGCCCUUAAGAACCCCAAAGUUUUCACAAGCCUGAAACCUGGAUCCAAAGGUUAGGAAGUGAUUUGCGUGACGGUUUUCAAGACUGGAAAUUAUGUUCUUAAUUGCUCUAAUGAUCUACAGUGAUCUGUGAUUAGAGUUUACAUCUAUUCAUGCCUCUUUCUGAGCUAAAUUAAAGACAGAUACUACUUAAUUGUGUUGCAAAUAUUGUAAGCAAUUAAGGCCAAUUGAAUUAAGUACCCAAAAGGUAACCUAGAAAGCGAUCAUGGCUACUGUGUGUCUUUAUGGUACAGCAAAGUACUUCAGUAUUUUCUCCUGUAUUCCUGAAUUUCAUGUAGACUGAAUAGUUAUGGGCCUUUGAUUUUUCUUUCCAGAUGUUUUAUAUUCUAAACAUUGUGUUCUAAUGCAAUUCCAAACGCCCUCUCCAUUCCUCUCCUUCCAAGAUAAGUAAUUGGGAUAAGAUAUUAAAUGGCCUUUUUAGAAUCAAGGACUGUAUGUUUUCUAUCUCAUAAAUUAACAAAUUAAUAUGAAAUUAUUCAUUUUGUUUUUCCAAUCAACAAAUAAGUAUUUCUGAUGCCAAAAGUAGGGUCUUCGUGAGAAAUUUCUUAACAGUUACUGAAAUUUAAGGUGAAUGAGAAUGGUAAUAAAACAUCAGGUUUUAACAGUUCAGAA